AUUUCUAUAACCUUUUUUUUUCUAACCGUGACGGUUUCAUCCUUUCGAAGUGGGUUUCUUCAUUCAGCAAAAUUGUAUGAAGCAUGCCAGACGGAUGACCUCAAAUCGAAGCAUUAAGUACUGACUGCAAAGAGCCAUUGUAAACCAUCGCCAAGUGCACAACAAGAGUUUUGCAGUACGUACGAAGGGAACAGACGGCAUAUAUAGUAGUACUGAUCACUGGGUUGGCGCCUGGUGCAAUUCUGGUUUUCAACAUCCACAUUCAGGUAUAACGACGCACAAUUAGGUACUUGAAACUCAUUUUUAUUCAUGGAAUGCGUCCAAGCACUGCUGCAUUUCGGGCUUCUUGACACGAUAUUUGAAUUGUUCAUGUUCCCGCCCUUUGGGAUCCCUAUCACUUACAGCAAUACGAAGUUCCGCUCUAGCUAAAUUUGCGUGUUACUCGAGACAUGAACUACCUCAAAUCGUCUGCACGGCAACGCAGUUCAUCCCCUAAACAUCUACAGCUACGCCUAUCGACAGAAUUGGCCUUCAUAAUGUUUUCGAUGCACAAAGCACAUCUAAACACGAGCGCCACCAACCGGAGCAGAAAUUCUCAAAAUAAGAACCUCCACUUCAACGACUGCGGCACAAGCACUCGCUGCGAUAUACAAGCCCAGUCCCUCCGCAGAGAAGAGCAGGAAAAGAUCUCACAGGAAGUGCAGUUUAAUCCUUAGGCUCCGCCGAGCAGAGGCAUCGACAGCGGGCAACAAGCAGGUCUCUCAGAUUGAAAACCGCAAUCGGCAUCGACGGACUAGUUGUAAAAACAGCCGUCUUCGAUCAAGCGCAUGUUGGGGCAAUGUUUCUCCUCACGGCCCACGAAGUCGCUGCCCGCCAUCGCUCAUCGCCACUCGCCGGGAGGAAGAAGAGAGAUCGAAAGAGGAGGCAGAAUAAGCGCGCCCUUAAUCUCUUGUAGUCGCCUUCCUCUGCUUUCUAUCACUGCGCUUCGCUCCCGCCGUCGUCCAGUCCCGCCGUGAGAUGCGUCCGACUUCUUCCCGAGGCAGCGCUCGACGUUUCGACUGCUGGUUCUCACGUCGCACUGCCGCCGGGAGAGAGACGACUUCUGGCGGGGUUCGCCUCCAAAGUUGGUGGUUUGGGUAAAUAAGCCGGAGUCCAGGGGGAAGCCAGAAGGAGCGAGACUUUCAAACGCGAGAGACGCGACGUGAAGAAGGCCGCCAAAUCUAGCGAAACCCUAGAGAAAGAGUAACAGUUGACUGACAGUCAUGUUGAAUUCAACUAUACUCGUACUUCCAGAUUCAGAAUUCUUUGGAUCACGUGUGGAAUAUGUAGAUCGGAUUUGAAUGCGUAGCGCAGAGGCUGUGGUUGCAAUCCGAUGGAGUUCUGCCUACUGUAACGUUGAGAAUUCGAGGUCUGUGGAAUUGACAAGAGCGAUGUCUUGUGGAUGUGAAUUUCGCUUACCCGACUACAGCAGCGGUCGAUGAAAUUCAGUGUUUCAGAUGCUGCUAAUUUACGCCAGCUCGGGUCUGCUUUUUAUUUGAUAGAUCGUCGAAGAUUGCCACUCAUUCGUGCCCCAAAUUAUUUUUUGUGCUUUUCGGGGGUAAUUUUCCUCGAGGAAUUGUGAUGGAUUAAUUUCUAUCCGCAUCAUCAGUAUGCACUGAUUCCUGCAUGUCCUCGAAGUUUGUGUUGGGAUUUCGAAUGGAGCGCUUUGCAAACGCAAUCUGAAUUAUGUAAUUGAGCUAUGGGGUUGUCACCGAAUGCGAUUGAAGAGUCCCGUAAAGCACUCUUCGUCAGACAUGGGGCAGCUUUUGUUGGAGCAGUCGCUACAGAGACUGCUUUCUUUUAUCCGAUCGAUACGCUCAAGACUCUGCUGCAGGUGAAUGCAAAUGCGGGAAGGAAAUUGGAUGUUUCUGCGGUGGUUGAAGGAGUGUCUAAAUCCUCUGGGUUUACAGGUCUAUAUGGAGGUGUAGGAUGGCAGCUUCUGGGUCGACUCUCCUCUUUGGGAUUACGAUUUGGAGUUUAUGAGCUCAUGACAGCAUUCUACGCGGAUGGACGUAGUGACAGCUACGUAAGCUUGUCAGAGUCUUUUCUCGGCGGUCUCACUGCUGGGGCAGUUGAAUCUCUUGUCUCUACCCCAUUUGAUAUCCUGAAGGUUAGGGCACAGAUUACUAGUGCAACCACUGGUGUAAUCAAAGUACAAGGAGAGACUGUAAAGCUUAAUGCACAUAAAGCCCAACCCAACCUGCCUACAAAUAUUCCUGACGGUCCCCAUUGGGAUCGAAUCAGACGUUCGCUUUCUCUAUUACCUUCUCGAUCCCCUGACAUUACUGCAGAUUUGAGGAAGUAUCCUUGGUUAGCCACAGGCUCUGGCCAACCACCACUUGUGAAGGAUGUUGGAGGUCUUAGAGGGGCCGUUGGUUUAGAAGGCUUGAAUGUUCUCUGGAGAGGGCUUCGUCCUGGUCUGUAUCGGGAUGCCAUGUAUGGCGGAUUCUUCUUUUGUGGCUGGCAGUUCCUGGAUGAUCUUGCAACGGAAGGAAGGGCGUAUAUGAUGAAUCCUCCACCGACGUCUUGGGAUGAUGUAAGUCCGUCGUCACCUUGGCAGCUAAGCAUCACAGCAGGUAUAGUCGCUUCAUUUGCAGCCACAGCUUCACAUUCUUUCGACUCCGCAAAGACUAGACUUCAAGCCACCGUUGUGCCGAAGUAUUUGACGAUGGAGAGAAAAAUGCUGAAGUGGAAGGCACCAGGUAGCUGGUUCGAAAGCAUAGUGGGAUUCAGCCCCUUCGAUCGACAUUUCUUAAGAAGAGGUCUCGGUCUUAGAGCGUUGCAGCACGGUUGUGGGACAUUCGCUCUUGUUUUGACUUACCAUACGGCCGUGCAAGCGGCAAAAAUAAAGAAGUGGUGAUUAAUUUUGGAGCUGUAUCUCAUGUCUGGCCGUCGAUACUCUCAUAUUUGGAACUUUUUAGUCUUCACUUUGUACAUUGAAGGAUGAUGACCUCAAAACGUGUGAUCAGUCUUACGAUUCGAAUCGCUCAAUCUUUGACCUGCUAAAGCAGGUAGAAGUGUGGAAG